AUGGACUGGACAAGUUUUCCGGAGGAUGUGGUGGAGGAGAUACUCUCUUGGGUUCCGGCUAAAUCGGUAGCACAGUGGCGAUCAACAUCCAAACCAUGGAACGCUCUGUUGAAAUCUAGGAUAUUUGCUCAGAAGCACUCUGCUAAUGCACCAAAGGAGAAGUCUCUUGUUAUCACGUUGCUGGAUUCUAGGGUUUGCUUAGUAAAUUUCAAAUUCCGUGGAAUCCACGCCAACGAGGUUGUUCCAUCUGUUGAGGUAGCAUAUACCUUCAACCUUACCCAUGGCCUUUCUGAUACUUCGCAAGUCGGUAUAAUCAACAUCUUUCACUGUGACGGCUUAUUGCUAUGCACCACCAUAGACAACAAACUCGUGGUUUGGAAUCCAUGUUCUGGGGACACCAAGUGGAUUAAACCUAGAGACAGCUACAAGACAUCCGACUACUAUGCUCUCGGUUACGACGACAAGUCCUCCCGCAAACAAUACAAAAUCUUGAGGGUGGGUCGUCAAGAUAUGUUACCAAUCAAGAAUGAGUACGAGAUUUAUGACUUGGCUUCUGAUUCGUGGAGAGUUCUUGGUGUGGCUACUGAUUGGUUUUUAGCAUCACAUCGUCGUGGCAUAUCUGUGAAGGGGAUUACUUAUUGGGUUGCAACAAGAAGGUUAAAGGUUAACUUCUUACUAAGUUUUGAUUUUUCAACAGAGAGAUUUCAAAGUCGGCCUCUUCCUCAUCCUUUUCCUUAUUCGAAUGCGUCUUUAUCAGUAGUUGGAGAAGAGCAGCUUUGUCUUGUAGGUGCUGAUCGCCAAUACUGUAUGAAGGGAAUUUACGUACGCACAGAGUUCCAAGUAUGGGUGUCAACUAGUACCGGAUGGAGCAAGUCACUCGAAGUGAAAGGCCAUAAUGAUAAUAAGUUGUCUGAUGGGAUGGUGGGUUUUUGGGCAUACGAGCAGAACCAAGUUGUAAUGUCUGUGAGCUCCACUAACCACAUCCAUCACAUUGUGAUCGAAAAUAAACACAUACAAGUCGAUAAUCUUGGUGGAGAUUCUACAUGCAUACCAUCGUGCUCAGUUCUUCUGAAUUUUGUUCCAACUCUAGCUCAAGUAUCCAACAAGGUUAAUUAUCUUCCUGGAGGACGCAAAAGGAAAGCACCAUGCACGUGA